AUGAGUCGACCAGCCGCGAAGAGGCAGCGCUUCUCGAGACAUGCCUCAGAGGAGAAUGACGGCGAAGAUGUCUUCGCAUCCUCCUCAACGGCUCACAUAUUCAGUGCUUCCUCAUCGCGAUUGACCUCUUCGAGCGACGUUCUGCAUCCUUGCUCCUACGAGAUCACCCUCAAUCGCGAUCAUGAUCUCAAGCGGUCUUUUCAGCAAUCUUCGGUCUCCACUGACCUGGACUCUUGCGGCUCACGUCUUGUCACAUGGACCAGCGCCGACGGGACGCAGUCCGUGACGACCGAUCGAUACGAUGCUGUGCACCUUCUAUCACAGCUGCCAGCCAGACCGGCCCAAAGCACAAAGAUCUCAGAGACGACCGUGGCGGACGACCUCGAAUGGUCAGAUCUGGACAGCGACACAGAAGAUCUCUUCUGCUUGACCGAUGUUGAGGCGGCUCAAUUUACCCACACAAAAGCGAGGGCCGCCUUGGACGCUCAGCGCUCGACACGGUUGGCAGCUCUUUCAUCCCCAUCCCCUCCCACGCCAGAAGCCAUCAGUGACGCUUCAACAGGCACAAAAGAAAAGGCGGAUGCACCAGCGUUGAGCAGGCCGCAGUUCGAGCUGAUGCAAAAGACGGCCAAGGUCAUAGCAUCUUCCACCAAUCCUUCGAUGCUCGAGCUCAAGAUCCUUGCCAACCACGGUGGUGACGAGCGAUUCUCUUUUCUCCGCAAAGACGCCAACAAAGACUCACAGAGCCAUGCGAUAUGGGAAGCGCUGAAGGCAAGCAAAGGUAAUAUGACCCACGAGGCCGCGUUACAGAUGGUCGAGCCUGCAGAAGCAGAGGCAAACAAGGUAGGCGGUGGGGGCUUGGUUGCGUACGACGACAGCGACAGCGAGUCCGAAGCACAGGCGGAGCCCGUCGGGAACGAGCAGCAAGCAAUCGAAGCGGACAAGUCAGAACACAAGGGAGGACAAGCAGACGAAGGAGAGGCAGACGAAGCAGCGCUUAAAAGGCGGAAACAAGCCGAACGUCUGGCCCGUGCCAAGAUCUGGCUCCAAUCUCGUUCUUCUCAACCUUCAAUUGCUUCACAGUCCUCAUGA